AUGAGGAUUCAGAGUGAGAUCGAGAAGGAGGAGGGGGAAGCAGCGGUGAUGGAGUUAUGUUGGCGGCGAACAGUGGCAGACCCUAGCGAUGACUUUCGUUCUUCAUCGUCUCGAUGCAGAAAUCGAAGAACAGGGAAAAGACAGGGAACUGGGAAUUCUUCCUUUUCUCUGCGCGAUUUACGUAUUACAGUAGAGUGUUGGCUUGGUGGUGGUCGAAAGUGGCGUUUUACAAGUGUCUUAAUCUUGAUUGCAGUCUUUUUUUCUUGCAAAAUCAAUUGGAAAGCCAAAUGUUAUGCUGAUUUGAACCUCUUCUGUUGUUUAUUUUAUUGUAUGCACCAAAGCUUCGCAAUUCUUUUGCUUGAAAAUGUUUCUCAGACUUUUAUAACAUGUUCAUUGCCUCAUUUGACUAUUCAUCUUGACACAUCGAGACAGAAGUUGUGCGAUUUGUUUCUGGUGUUGCUGCAACUUUGCUACUAUCAGGAGAUAAUGCUUUAUGAUGUUGAGGUAGAUGAACAACAAACGAACCCUAACCUCCGCUUAGUCAGAACCAUCUUCAUCUUCAAAGGAAUUCACAGGUCGUUUCAUUGA